AGCAGCGAGCACGCGAACACACGGCGAGAGCGCGCGGAGCCCAGUAUCUUUGAUCCGGGCCCAGGUCCCGGGACGCACGGCGCUGGAAGCCGGGCUGCUGCUGCGGGGAUCUUUAACACAAAUGGUCUGUUUCAAAACCAAAAAUGGGAAGAAAAGAUGCCAGUGCCUCUAAAAUUCCAAUUGAUCACUACCGCAAGCAAAUUGGUAAGCAAGAUUACAAGAAAACCAAAUCAGUUUUAAAAGCUACAAGAUUAAAAGCAGAAGCAAAGAAAUCAGCACCAGGAAUAAAGGAUGUGGCUCUUAUCGUUGUGGCCAUUCUGAUAUUACUUGUGGCUGUAUAUGGUUUCUUUUAUCUGAAGUUCAACACAGACGUUGAUCUUGAUCCAGAACGGGACAAAAAUUAGCGACGUCAUGGCUUGUUCAAGGAGAAGGACUCCUCUGGGGAAACGUAAACAAACGGCAGGGGUUUGCAGAUGAAAUUUGGACUACAAAGACAGCACAUGUGACUUUUAUUAAGAUUUACAUCUGUCAAGAAUUACUUUCAAAAGUAUUCAGCAGCUUUAUGAGCCCAGUCAUGUGUUUGCAAGGCUGCAUCUUGCAUUAUUUUAAUUGGUGUACAAUAAUUUUUUAACAUUUCACUUUUUACUGUGAGUCGUUUAGCUGAGCUUCGAGAUACAGUGUGGAAACAGGGAUCGCUGGUCGGCGCGGGCUCGGUGGGCCACGCUGCAUCUCUAAGCCAAACUAAAAUUUCACACGUGCUAGAAAUCUGAAGUAAAAUCAGAAAAUGCAUCGUGAUCGUCAACCUAUCUAUUCUACUCAUGAUUUUCUCAUAGUUCAGUUCAGUUUAGAGACACUGCGAGGAAACAGGCCCUUCGGCCCACCGAGUCCGCACUGACCAGCGAUCAUCCCGUACACUAGUGCGAUCCCACACACACACACUAGGGACAAUUGACAAUCUUUACCGAAGCCAAUUAGCCAACAAACCUGCACGUCUUUGGAGUGUGAGAAGAAACAGAAAACCCACGCAGGUCACGGGGAGAACGUGCAAACUCCUUACAGACAGUACCCGUAGUCAGGAUCAGUAUUCAGUUCAAUAAAAAUCUUACCAUAAAUAGGCACAAUCAUAAGUAGGUCCAAGAGCGUAGGAAUAGUAAGAUUACAGAGGCAGUAUACAGGAGUUAAAACAUUUCCGGCGCUUUCUCAUAUCAUUCAAGUUCAGAGUUGUUGGAAGAUAUAGUCUUAAAUUACCCGUAAAGGCCCGUUGUCCUGACGGCUGCAUUUUGUUUGGAGUUGAAGUGGUCGGCCUGGCCUGGCGAUGUUUUUAAUGUCUGAAGAAGGGUCCCGACUCCAAAUUUUGGUCACCCAUCCUUUUUCUCCAGGGAUGCUGCCUGACCCGAUGAGUUACUCCAGCACUUUGGCUCGAUCUCAGGCGACGUUGAUCUCCAGCUCCGUGCCACUGCAGGCCACGGCCGCUCCACAUGCUCAGCCUCACGGAGUGUCUCCUGAUCCAAUCGAGCCCCAGACACAUUGGUCUUCAUAAGUGAUCGGAGCAGAAUUAGGCCAUUCGGUCCAUCCAGUCUACUCCGCCAUUCAAUCAUGGCAGAUCCAGCUUUCCCUCUCAACCCCAUUCUCCUGCCUUCUCCCCAUAACCCUUGACACUCGUAGUAAUCAAGAAUCUGUCAAUCUCCGUCUUAAAAAUAUCCAUCGACUUGGCCUCCACUGCCGUCUGCGGCAAUGAGUUCCACAGAUUCACCACCCUCUGACUAGAGAAAUUCCUCCUCAUCUCCUUAUUAAAGGUACGUCCUUUUAUUCUGAGGCUAUGCACUCUGGUCCUAGACUGUCCCACAAGUUAACUCAAUCAUUCCUGGGAUCAUUUUCGUAAACGUCCUCUGGACCCUCUCCAACGCCAGCGCAUCCUUCCUCGGAUUUGCGGCCCAAAACUGCUCACAAUACUCCAAAUGCGGUCUGACCAGUGCCUUAUAAAGCCUCGGCAUAACAUCCCUGUUUUUGUACACUAGCCCUCUCAAAAUAAAUGCCGGCAUUGCAUUCGCCUUCCUUAGUUCUCAGU